CUCUCGGUCACAGGGACUUCCGCAGAUGGACUGGCUUUUGUUGUGUAGUGACUGAAAGGGCGUGCGUUCAUGCACGAGCUCUUCAAUCCGCACUCGUCAGGGAAAAAGGGAGUGUCGGCGCAUAAAGCAACACCAACCAUCCGUAAAGAGUCAAACAUCAGAGUUGCUUUGGACAUCCCUGACUUCCUACCUUGGUAGAGGUUGCAAUUCCAUACAAUGAGUUGUGCGAAUCAAGGCGAUGCUGCAAAGUUUCUCAAGAGUUUUCUGGAGGAGUUUCCAAACCCACUCGGCACAGAAGACCUGCUUCCCGUCAGCCCACUUAGCCGCAAAGUCUCUCUGCAGGAGGUGAAGGGAGAAAGUCUGGAUCUCGGCCUCCGCCUGCUCUCAGACAGAAAUGCCCCAUUCUGGCUGGGUGCAGCGAUGUGCAAUGCUGCUGUCACUGAAUUGCUUAAAGAUGACCUUUCACCUCACUACUGCCCCAAAGAUCUUGAACAGCAACCGGAGGAUGAACAGGGAGUUGUUUUGUUGCAGUCUGAGCCACUACAGCGCCUCUUUAUAAAUAAAUUGAGAGAGGUGUGUGUGGCCUGGCAGAAACAGCUGCCCAGUCCCGGUUCGUCCUCUUCACUGACACACAGCUGCUCUGUUCACGCCAUUCGAAACACUCGCAGGAAGAUGGAGGAUCGUCACAUGAUCUUGAAAGAGUUUAACCAGCUUCUUGGAUUGAAGGAUGGUGUAGAUCGAGAGUAUUACGCAGUGUUUGAUGGACACGGAGGAGUGGAUGCUGCCACAUAUGCUGCCACUCACCUGCAUAUCAUACUGAGCCAGCAGGAGGCGCUAAAAAGCCAUGCUGCCACAGCCUUCAAAAGCAGCUUCACACAGACGGAUGACAUGUUCAAGAUCAAAGCCAAGAGAGAGCGUCUGCGCAGUGGCAGCACUGGUGUGGCUGUUUUACUGACCUCUGAUCACCUCACUGUCUCCUGGCUGGGCGACUCUCAAGCUAUGCUGGUUCGACAGGGAGAACCAGUGACCCUAAUGGACCCGCACAAACCGGAGAGAGAGGAUGAGAAGAAAAGGAUUGAGGAUCUGGGUGGAUGCAUCGCUUUCAUGGGUUGUUGGCGGGUAAAUGGUACCUAUGCCGUUUCCAGAGCAAUAGGUGAUUUUGAUCAGAAGCCGUACGUCUCUAAUGAAGCUGACAGCUCAUCGGUCCAUCUGAACGGGGAUGAAGACUACGUCCUCCUUGCCUGUGACGGCUUCUUUGACGUGGUUCGGCCUGGGGACGUCCCGGGGCUGGUCCUGGAAGCUCUGAGGGAGGGCAGGGGCUCGGGGGAGGACGUGGCCCAAAGUCUGGUGGCCCAGGCCAAAGCUGCUGGAUCCAGUGAUAACAUCACAGUUCUUCUGGUGUUCCUGAAGGAGCCGCAGCAACUUUUGACCCACGAGACGAGCUCGAGAACAGAGGAAGGAGGAGCUACGGCUGCAGCCACGGUCAUUUGAAAGGGGAAGAAAUUAAACAUGAUAGAAGCUGAUGGUCUUUACACCGUCUCGAAUGAUGUGAGUUGUUGAAUUUGAAAAGAAAAU